AUGCCAGUUACAGAAAUGCCGGAGGGGUCUUCGCCCGCCUCGGCACUCGCCUUGCGCUCCGCGCCAGCUUCUCAACCCCUGGCAAACGGCACAUCUUCUCAGUUUCUUUCCCAAAUGCUUCCGCUCGCACACUUGAUCGAUACCCUUCCGUACGUAGAUGCGUUGACACCCGAACAGAAUGAAGAAGCGAAAAGUUUGAUACAGCAGGAGUUGGUGCUCAUGAACCGCGAGCGCCAGGCCAGGCGCCAAGGCGCGGGCCCAGGCAGCGACGAAGAUCCGUCUACUCUCGAGGAAGAGAUUCUCAAAGAGUACCUUGACGAGCUUCUCCCGCCACCGAAAACUCCACAUCUGGACAACCCGAACUCGCUGGUCGGAAAAGAACUCCUGCGGAUUAAACGAGGCGAACCGAUGCAGAAGCUGGACCUGACCCGUUUGUACGAGGAAGCGCCUGCGCCCCCAAAGUCUGGAGAAACUGCGGAGUGGCGCAAAUCCAUCGCGACCUGCGAGUCCCUUCUCGAGCACCUGAGCGUGGGCCAAACCAAUCUCGACUUGAUGAACAUCCACGCGAUAUCGUCCUGGACGAGACAUCUCCAAGGUCUCAUGGCGCAGGGGAACCACUGGGAAUCGGCGUUGAAACGGGUGCGCACAGAGGUCGAUGGCGUCAGCAAAGCGCGGAAGCUCGAGCAGGUGGAAUGCGGCAAUGCGCUUCGAAAUCUAAACCGAACCAGAGAGGACUACGAGGCCAGAAACCGGGAAAUUAUGGGUGCACUCUCACACCUGAACGAAGAAGUUGCUGAGCUGAAACACAAGUGCCGUGUCAGAGGUCUGCUCCCAGAGGACUGGGACAGUGACGUCGAAGAGGAGGAAGCGACGUGGGCCGUGCCCAUCGCUUCAGCGGCGCCGGGACAAGACGCGACGUCGGAAUCUCAAACGACUUCACCCGCAGCUUCCUCUCUCCCGCUCUCGUCUUCUGCCAGUGCCACAAGACGCGAGCAUCCUUCGAUUCACAACGGAAGCGCAGGAGACAGCGUCGCUUCGUCUUCGCACGCACACAGCCGGGAGGAGGAUGAGAUGGUUGACUACGACUAG